AUGUACUACCAGGGGGAAAGCUCAGGGUGUCGACAGAAAGAGGAGGAGGGUGUUGAGGUGAUGGGAGCCAGAGAGGAGGAGGACGCCGCCACCAAGGAGCUCGAUGAGCGCUGCUUCCUGUCGGCGCAGGCCAUGUCCAGCCUGAAGGUGUCCGACCACUUCCAGGUUCUGAAGUUCCUGGGAGAAGGUUCCUACGGCAAGGUCAUGCUGGCCGUGCACAGGAAGAGAGGAACCCCGAUGGCCCUGAAGUUCUUCUCUCGUCAGUCCACUUCUCUCACGUCCUUCCUAAGGGAGUACAACCUCUCUCUUUCCUACUGCACGCAUCCCUCGCUGACGCGGGCACUGGGCAUCUUUUUUUCCACGUCAUCGCAUUACGUCUUCGCCCAGCAGGCCGGUCUCUAUGGCGACCUGUAUAGCGUGAUAGUGUCAGAGGUUGGCCUGGAUGAGGAGCGUGUUCAGAGGGUGAUGUCCCAGCUCAGCGGCGCCGUAACCCACCUCCACACUCUUGGCUUCGUCCACAGGGACAUCAAACCGGAGAACAUCUUCUUGUGCGACAGUUCGUGCCGCUGGGUCAAACUGGGUGACUUCGGCCUGACCCGGGCCAUCGGUUACACUGUCGGGGCCGUCUGGUACCAAUCGCCCUUCUGCACCCCCGAGGUACAGCCCGCUAAGGAGGCGGACAAGGCGAAGGAGUGCGAUGACCCGGAGGAGGAGAAGGAGACUCUUUGGAUAACGGUGGAGCCCUGCAUCGAUAGCUGGGCCCUCGGGAUCCUGACCUACUGCCUCUUGACGGGAUGCUUCCCCUGGGAGGAGAGCACCAGUGACGACCGCGGAUACACCAAAUACAAAGCCUGGUUUGAACGCGAGAGCAGGAGCGAGAAACCUGAGCAGGAAGCGGACUGCUACACCAUCAUGAAAGAAAACCACCGGAACAACCCGCCUCCGUCACAGUUCCACGGCCUGACCUCGCUCGUUAUGGCGCUUUUCCGACAGCUGCUUCACCCCGACCCGGAGCGGCGAGGGAAGCCCGAGGAGAUCCUGAGCUACCUGGGAGGACCCUGGCUCGUAGAGACUGAGAAGGAGGAGAGGAAGAGGGCCGAGGAGGCCGAGAGGGAAGCCAGGAAACUCAGGGAGGCGGGAGCAGGAGUGGAAGAGGAGCUGGUGAGGGAAGGAAGAGGGGAGAGAUAA